GGAUUACUUCCACGGUGCGAGUGAAACUUCGGGAGGUACAACCGCUAACGACAGACACCAUGGCGACAUCUUGCUACUUGCUGCCUAGCAAGUAAACAUUUUCCAAUCAACUUUUAUAUAGCCUUUUAAACUGUAUCCUUCAUACGGUUCUCUCAGUUCAGGCGCCUGUGCAAGCAUUUGCGCCUUCAGCCCAUUGCGACACAACACGAUAAUGAUCUAGCUCCUGCUCAUUUCCAUAGUGGCAUAAGACAUUCUACCUCCAUCAAAGCUUAGGAUGGAUAGCCAGAUAUCGUCAUCGCCCGCCCUCCAGUCCGGCUGCCCGGCCCAGCAGCAGCGCCCGCCUCUCUCAGGCCCAUCCUCCUCCCUGGCCGCCCCCGCCACACAAACCAGCACCCCGCCUCCCACCUUCACCUCCCUUCCCUUCCCCCUCACCCCCAUCGCCACCCAUCCCACCUCCUGGCAGCCCAGCUCCCUCAACGUUGCGCUCAACGCCACGCUGGAUGCUUGCAUCGUGCCGUACAGCGAAAUGCCCUACUCUAGCGCUAAUACCGGCAGUAGCAGCGGCGGCAGCAGCGGAGGCGGCAGCGGCAGUGGUAGCAGCGGCAGCCGGGGCGGUGGCGGUAGCAGCGGUGGCGGUGCGCGAGUGGACGUGUCGCAUGUGGUGGUGCUGGAUGGCUUCUUCGGGGAGGAGCAGCAGCAGCAGCUGCUGGAUUUCAUCACGGAACCAGGCUGGGACCCCUGCUCGCCGCCCCCCUCCUCCAAGUGGGUUCGUGCCACCCGCGACCGCCCCGAUGCCGCC